AAGAACUUAUUAUUAAGUGUUAGUGAACUUUUUUAAUGAUUAGUUGGAAAAUCAUUUUUGCGGGCUAACCCACAAUCCAGUCGUACCAAUAUGUCCCCAUCCAAUCCAACAUGGAAAAGAAUGUGUGGGGAUUGAAGGUCACAAUUAUACCAACUUACUGGUAAACGGGCAGGUCAAUUUGAAACCAAAACACACAAACCGCCCUAUUGGCCACCCUACCCAAAAGCCGCUCUUAGACUAUCUCCAAGGGUGGUGCUAGAGAGCAAGAGCUAGUUUUGCUCUUUGGCACCCAAAAGUGGUAUCUGCUCCAUUGGCAUGCUAAAGAACAAUAACUUUAAUUUUUGUGUUAAUGUUGUUUGGAGUAGAUUUCAUAAUGUUAAUUAGAUAGUUUGUAGAUUAUUUUAAUAUAGGUAGUCAUAAUUAAUUAAAAUGAAAAUUUCGAUUCAAUUUUUUUAUAUCGACAUACAAAAAUUUCAUCAUUAAAUAUGGGAGUUACUAUUCGUCGCCCUAGAUUUUCAAAUUUUAUCGCCCUAAAUUUAAAAUAGACACAUUUACCCCUAUUCUAAAUUUCAAACAAAGCUAAGCGGCGGCAGUUGUCCACAACUAUGGCUACCCCAUUUUCAUUGUCACCGGCUAGCGAAACCGGAGGUGGCCGGCCUUUAAGGUAAACGCUUGUAUUACCUGGGUGCUAUAGUGGAAUCAAUUUGGGCAUUGUCUUUGAUUAUUAACAUAGUAAAAAUGACAGAAUGGCGCCUGGUUCGAACGCAGUUAUGGAAGGGAAGAUCGACAGAGGUUUGAGAGAUGGUGAUAGAACCUUCGACCAAGAAGAACAAGUGGUGGAUAGGGCGACUCUACCGGGGAAGACAGAGGGUCUCGGCGCUGCGGGGUGCGACAGAUGGCGGAGGCGAGAUGAAGCAUAUUGCGGUGGCGAUGCCUUGGAAGAUAGAAGGCGGCGACGAAGUCGGUGAAGAGAGAGGGCGGCGGCGUUGUUGGGAAAUAUAGAGGGCGGCUGGCCGCGGAAGACAGAAUGUCAUUAGGGCGUAAAUCUAUAUUCAAUUAAUUGAAGAAAUGGCGUUUAAUGUUGGGGGCAAAAUCGUCCAUUCAUUAUAUUUAGGGCGAUUUAUUUAAAAAUUUAGGGCGUUAAAUAGAAAUUCAGUUAAAUAUGACAUCAAACACCUAGCUCAUUAAAAUAAACAUUUCGAU